ACUUAUUUUAAAGGUUAUAAUUUCAACCUGUUAUAAUUAAUUCAUGAUUAUAUAAUAUCAUCAUAAUUAUCAAUGAAUUAUUUAACUAAUUUAAAGUUUUAUUUCUAGAAAGAAAAAAGAAACCAUAAACACUAAAAAAAAAAAAAAAUGGAAGUAUUUUCAAGUGAUAAAAAACGUAGACAUGAUUAUUUUUUAAAAAUUAUACAAAAACGUUCAGCAGAAGCUAAAAAUAUUCAUCGAAUUGUAUUAAUUGGUACUGGGGAAUCAGGAAAGUCAACAUUCUUGAAACAAAUGAAACUGUUAAGUUCAUUAAAUCAAACAUUUUCUGAUGCAUAUCGUAAUCUGUUUAUUCCAGAAAUUCAACGUAAUCUCGUUCAAUCCUUAUCAGCUAUAUUAAAUUUUAUGGAACAAGAACAUAUUAAAUUUUAUCAAAAUGAUGAUAAUAAACGUAAUGCUAAAAAUUUAAUAUUUACUGUAAAAGAUGAAAUUGAUAGAAUACCAGAUAAUAUUAGUCAAUUUGCUAACAAUGCUAAUUUAUUAAAACGUAAUGAAUUCUAUGAUGCAUGUUCCCUACUAUGGAAUGAUAAAGCGGUCAAAGAGACAAUUAAUAAAAGUAAUGAAUUCCAAUUAAUUGAUUGUGCACAAUAUUUUCUUGAUAAAAUUGAUGAUAUACGUGAUCCAGCCUAUAAACCAACUGAUGAUGAUGUUUUACACAGUCGAACAAAAACUCUUGGUAUUCAUACAGAAACAAUUACCUAUAAUAAUGUAAAUUUUGAAUUAAUUGAUGUCGGUGGACAAAGAGAACAACGCGCUAAAUGGAUUGAAGCAAUGUCUGAUGGUGUAACAGCUGUCAUCUUUUUAACAGAUGUUUCCGCCUAUGAUAUGGUUUUAGCUGAAGAUCAUAGUGUGAAUCGUUUAAGAGAAUCAAUUCAUCUAUUAGGCCAAAUAUGGCGUAAAAGUCCGCUACGUGAAAAAUCAAUUAUAUUAUUUUUAAAUAAACAAGACAAGCUAGAAAAAAAAAUCCGUGAACAACGUACACUAUUUGAAAAUUAUUUUCCCGAGUAUAAUAAAGGUAAAAUUAUUUAUUUAAUUGAAUUAUUACGUGAAUUGACAGCGUGUAAAAUGAAUAAGAUGAAAAAAGAAUCUGAUAUAUGGGAUAAACACUUUGCCUAUCUACUACCUGUACCACAAUCACGUAAUAAUAUAAAAGAUGGACGUCGUUUUAGCAUUCAAUCGAAUGGUGUGAUGAAAAAGUUAUCCCGUGAAACUAUUAUUCUAACUGAAUACAGUCAAAUACAAAGUAUUUUUGCUAAAGCAUUCAAUGAAAAUUUAGUACAGAAUUGGAUUACUGACAAUUCCACUGUUGUUGGUGGACGUACUACUAUACAAACUAAUAGUAAUAAUAAUAAUAAUAAUAAGUAUGCGAAUGAACAAGAUGAAGGUCAACAGGAUUCCCAAGAAGCUUUCAUUAAACACCUUAUGUCUAGAGAUGAUUUUAAUGCUUUUCAAAGACGAUUACAUUCUAUUAUAUUUUAUCAAGUUGUAUCUAUUGUUGAAUUUAUUAAAAGAUUAUUUAUUGAUCAAUGUGAACAAACACCAACUCGGCGUAUUUAUCCAUUUCCAACAACAGCUAUUGAUAAGCGUAAUGUUGAUCGAGUAUUUGAGUCAUGUAAAGAUAUACUACAGGGUAAAGCAUUAACUGAAUUAAUUGUUUAAAGGAAGCUUCUUCUUCUUCUUCUUUUGGUAAAAUCCCUCACUUCUAAUUCGUUUAUUGAUGAAUAACCCGGUGUUUUGUUAGCCCGUUUGUUUUAAUGUCUAAGUGACAGCAUACUAUUACUAUUAUUAUUAAUAUUAUUAUUCCUCUCUUGGUUUCCGAGUGGAACAUAAGGCUUCAAAAACCCACCUCCAUGUCGUCCUGUUCCCAUCUCUCCUAUGCCACCGUGCGAUGAAUAAAUCCUUUUCCCUUUCUCAAUCAGGUUCCACUCGAGCGAUGCUCUGGAGCGUGAUGUCACUGAACCAUCUCCUCAGUGGGUGUCCAAUCCAUCUCCCAUUUCUUCUCUCUCUCUCUCUCUAUAUAUAUAUAUAUCUA